CUCCUCCCCCAUGUUCUUCCAAUCCUCCCCCAUGAAGGGGGACAGCAGCAGCGCAGAGACCCCCGAUAUUCGAAUGGACGAACCGAGCUCCCCCGUAAGAGCUUCCUCCACAAUGGACGAUGGCGAAACUACGCCACGAGGAAACGGUGUAGCUGCCCUACGAGACUCAUCCCCCAUCCGAUAUGUCUCCAGCUCCAGUCCUACCCGUUCCCUAGGUCGCCAAGCAGGUCGCUCAGACAUUCCCAGCAGCAGUAGUGGCUUGUUUGUCUCAUCGCGCUCCAACGCCGAUGGUCACCGGGGCACCUCUCGUCGCAAUGACCUUCAUUCGGGAGGGUUUGGAUCGACCCCCAGUCGCCGCCGCAGGAUCUUCGUUGACGCCAACGGCAUGCCUACUGCCGAUGGCGAACCGCAGUCUGAUGCGACCUUCUCCAACAUUCACCCGGAUACCUCAGAGGCUGAGGCCUUGGGUGGCAGCUCCACCCGCGUGAUUUGGGGUACCAACAUUUCCAUCCAAGAUUCCAUGUCCGCCUUCAAGAACUUCCUCUAUAACUUCGCCACCAAGUAUCGACUGUGGGCCGAUGGAGCUACGGAAGAUGAGACUCGCAUCAUGGGAAAUACCGCAGAAAAAAGAGAGUACAUCACCAUGCUCAACACGAUGCGUCAGCUCGGUGUCACCAAUCUCAACCUCGAUGCAAAGAAUCUCAAGGCAUACCCAUCGACACAGAAGCUGUGGCAUCAACUUCACGCAUACCCCCAAGAAAUCAUUCCUCUGAUGGAUCAAACUGUCAAGGAUGUGAUGGUUGAGCUGGCAGGCAAGGAAAUGCAGCGCCAGCGGGCUCAUGCUCGUUCCAACCACACCAGGGAUCUCAGCUCGGCUCCCGCCGUGCCCAGCUCUGAUGCGCUUAUGAGCGAUGCUGCUCGGGCUCCUCCGGCAGAGAUCCAGGACCUCGUCCAGGAAGUCGAGUCCAACGCCUACAAGGUCAUGCCUUUCGGUCUUGACUCUACCGUUAACAUGAGAGACCUUGAUCCUGCUGAUAUGGACAAGUUGGUGAGCAUCAAGGGUCUAGUGAUCCGGGCCACGCCCAUCAUCCCAGACAUGAAAGAAGCCUUCUUCCGCUGCCAGAUUUGCAACCACAGUGUUCAGGUCGAUAUUGACCGUGGUCGUAUUGCGGAACCCACUGUCUGUCCUCGUCAAGUCUGCCAAGCCAGAAACUCAAUGCAGAUUAUUCACAACCGCUGUGCUUUUGCCGACAAGCAGGUAAUCAAGCUGCAAGAAACCCCCGAUAACAUCCCUGAUGGCCAGACCCCUCACUCGGUUUCCCUCUGCGUGUACGACGAACUUGUUGAUGUCUGCAAGGCCGGUGACCGCGUGGAGGUAACUGGUAUCUUCCGAUGCAACCCGGUUCGGAUCAACCCCCGCCAGCGGACACAGAAGACGCUUUUCAAGACCUACGUCGAUGUUCUGCACGUCCAGAAGAUCGAUCGCAAGAAGAUGGGUAUCGAUGUGUCGACCGUUGAGCAAGAGUUGUCGGAGCAAGCAGCUGGUGAGGCCGAGCAGACGCGAAAGAUCACUGCCGAGGAGGAGGAGAGAAUCAAGCGCACCGCCAGCCGACCCGAUGUGUACGAGCUUCUCUCUCGAUCCCUGGCGCCCAGUGUCUACGAGAUGGAUGAUGUCAAGAAGGGCAUUCUGCUGCAGAUGUUUGGCGGCACCAACAAGACGUUCCAGAAGGGCGGUAACCCACGCUACCGUGGCGACAUCAACAUUCUUCUGUGCGGUGAUCCAUCUGUCGCCAAAUCUCAGCUACUCCGAUAUGUUCACAAGAUCGCGCCCCGCGGUGUCUACACCAGCGGCAAAGGUUCAUCUGCCGUUGGUCUUACGGCCUAUGUGACCCGCGAUCCUGACACCAAGCAGAUGGUUCUCGAGUCCGGUGCUUUGGUUCUCUCGGACGGCGGUAUUUGCUGCAUCGACGAAUUUGAUAAAAUGAAUGAAUCGACGCGCUCCGUUCUACACGAAGUGAUGGAGCAGCAAACCGUGUCCGUUGCCAAGGCAGGUAUCAUUACCACCUUGAACGCUCGCACCAGUAUCCUUGCCUCUGCGAACCCCAUCGGCAGCAGAUACAACCCGAACCUCCCGGUCCCGCAGAAUAUUGACCUACCUCCCACCCUGCUGUCUCGAUUUGACUUGGUUUAUCUUAUGCUCGACCGGACAGAUGAACAGGAGGAUCGUCGCCUGGCCAAGCACCUUGUCAACAUGUACCUGGAGGACAAGCCCGACAACGCAAGCAGUGAAGAGAUCUUGCCCGUCGAGUUCCUCACGGCCUACAUCACGUACGCUAAAACCAAGGUGCACCCCGUGCUUACCCCUGCUGCCGGAAAAGCGCUCUCCGAUGCGUAUGUUGCUAUGCGCAAGCUUGGAGAUGAUAUCCGGUCAACAGAUCGCCGUAUUACCGCCACUACGCGUCAGCUGGAGUCCAUGAUCCGACUGUCGGAAGCCCACGCACGCAUGCGCCUCUCGUCAGAGGUGACGGCCGAUGACGUCGAAGAAGCCGUGCGCCUCAUCCGGUCGGCCAUCAAGCAGGCCGCGACGGACUCCCGCACCGGUCUCAUCGACAUGGGCUUGCUCACCGAGGGCACCAGUGCUAGCGAGAGACGCAACCGGGAAAUGAUCAAGCGCGGUGUGCUUUCCGUGGUGGAUGAACUGGCCGGAUCAGGCGGCUCAGCUCGGUGGGCUGAAGUCUUCAGACUUCUGAACGAGCAGAGCAGCGCUCCCUUGGAUAGCAACCAAUUUAGCGAGGCAAUCUACGCUUUGCAAAACGAAGGCAUCGUGAAUGUCAUUGGUGAGGGUGCGCGGAGGAGCAUCCGGCGCAGUGCACAAGCAAUUGCCUGAUCUCUCUCCUGCCUCAACGGUGGACUAGCUGAUGAGAUACGAUGCCAUGGAAAUACAUAAUUACUGGAUGGGUGCGAGUUUCAUUUAUUUCUUUCCCUAUUUCUUCCUCACAUGUCAAGGGAAGACGGUGUCUGGUGUUGGGGUCGAUCGAUAUACGUAUUGCAACAGAAGAAUAACUAUGAAUGUAUCUGUCUAACGGGCAUCAUCACGGGGUUUCUAGUAACCACAUGCAAAGGAAUAUAAUUGGACAUGAUUAGUCUCUCG